CCACCGGUACACUCCGGUGCUCGUCUCGCUUCUUUUUCUGUGCGGCUGAACUGCCGUAAACUAAAGCUCACCUUCGUUUCCCAGCGCAUCUAAAUGUCCAGGUGCUGACCAUCCAUUGGAAAGUUACGCACGGCUCAUUGGAGAGAUGGAAGAGUAGUGUGACUUCUGUUCUUGGAAUUAUCAAGCAUCAUCUGUGAUCAGGAAAGUGGAUUAAUCUCGGAGACAUCCAGGGAUGCCAUCUCUCUAAGAAUGAUGCAGGUCACAUGGUCAGGCGCCACAGUCCUCAUCAUUUUCACCUUGCUGCAGUUUGUCCAGUCUGAGCUUUCGGAGGAUCCUUUGGUUCCAGACACGGGGACUCAGGAGGGGACUAGCAAUAGGGCCACAGAGACCCCCACUGCAGAACACGAUGACGACAACUCUCUGGGCUACACAGGAUCCCGUCUGCGGCAGGAAGACUACGCACCCCGCAUUGUGGAGCACCCCUCUGACCUGAUCGUAUCCAAGGGCGAACCGGCCACCCUAAACUGCAAGGCAGAGGGGCGACCCACCCCCACCGUGGAGUGGUACAAGGAUGGAGAGCGUGUGGAAACGGACCGGGACAACCCUCGUAUGUGA